AUGGAUGCUGUGCUCUGCGAUGAGCUUCUUGAAAAGAUUCUCCGCCGCCUCCCUCCUUCCUCUUCUUCCUCCGUAUCGCUUGUCUCCAAACGCUGGCUCUUCCUCCACCGCUCUUCGACUACCUCCUUAUCUCUCCGAAUCCCCUCUUCUCCCUUUCCUCUUUCAACUGUUGACAACAACAACAACAAUAAUAAUAAUAGUAUGUCUGCAGCUGCUAUGGUUUCCAAUAUCCUCUCCUACUACCCUUUUCUCUCCCGUCUGACCGUCGUCUCUUCCGGCCACUACGGCCAUCCUCCUCCUGCUGUCACGCCAUCAUUGUCGUUCGAUGAUCACCUUCUAGUCGCCGUGGUUGGCGCCUGCUCCCGCCGCCUCUCCCACUUGCGCUUCCACCCUACCGACGACUCGCCUCUCUCCCCCUUCACCCUCCUCUCUGCCUCAUCCUCCCUCCGCCACCUCACUUUCCUCCACAUCUCUGCCCUUCUCCCCCUCUUCUUCCACUGGCUCAAACACUUUCGCUGCUUAAUAUCCCUCUCCCUCGUCUGCUCCUGCGCCAAGCAAUUAUCUGGACGAGAAUCCGAAGAAGAAGAAGAGGAAGAGGACGACGACGAUCGCGAAGAUACUGAUCGUGAGAUUUUGGUGCUGCCUCUCGAGAGCCUGUCGCUGUCCGGCAUUCGCUCGACAGACAGUGGACUCUCUUGGCUGUGGCGGCGGUGCGGUGGUCUGCGCCGACUGCAGCUGCGCGCCUACGACGGCACGGGCCCGCCCUCCUCCUUCGCACUCUGCCUGGCGGGCCUCCUCUGCCUCGAGCUCCGCACCUGCUGCGCCAUCGCCGACCGCGUCCUCCACCAGGCUGCUGAGCACUGUCGCACCCUCACCAUGCUCCUCCUCUACGACGGCGGCAGCCAUGACGCCCUUCGCCAAUUCAUCCAGCAGCGCAGCGCCGCCCUCCGCGUCCUCGACCUUCGCCUAGCCCUCGACCUCCACAAUGACCACCUCUUCGCAAUUGCCGCUGGCAAUAAUCACCCUAACCGCCGCCCCCACAGUGCGACCGGAGUGGCAAUGCAGGGACUCUCGGCCCUCCGCCUGCAAAGCUGCUGCCUGGUGACCGGGGAUGGGCUCCGGUCCCUCGUGCGCUCGCCCGUGGCGGCAGCAAUCGAGGAGCUCGCACUCGUUAACUGUGAUGUUGUCGAGCGCGAGCCCAGCCUGCUCACUUUUCUCGGGCAGAGCAUGCCAGGGCUCCAGAGGCUCGACUUGUCGCACAACGAAUUGCUUGCCGACAAGGAAGUUGCGUCCAUGCUAGCCUCAUGCCAUAAUCUGGUGGACGUCAGGCUACGAGGAUGCACAAGUCUAAUAGGAACGUCCCUGCUCUCUUUACUUAAGCACUGCGGUCGAGUGCUCUAGGUCGUCGACGUCUCCAGUUGCCCCGGAGUCAGCGUCCACGCUAUUGAGAUCUUCGUUCUGAACGCGACUCGGCCGGAUCAGAUUACGGUCGAAGAAAGCAAGCUGUCUGAUGCUGCUAGAGCCUUUGCAUCCCGGAAAGCAAUCAAGACCUCAGAAGCUACUUCAGCAAUCACAACAAGGUGCAUAUAA